AUGGAUCCGGGCAGUGGUGGUGGCGGCGUCGGCGGUGGCGGGAGCAGCAGCAGCGGCAGCAGCAGCUGCGACUCGGCGCCCGACUGCUGGGACCAGGCGGACAUGGAAGCCCCGGUGCCCGGCUCAUGCGGUGGCUCUGGCGGCCCUUUGGCGGCGGCGGCGGCCGAGGCCCAGGGUGAACCCCUCAGUGCGGCCUUCAGCCGGCAACUCAACGUCAACGCCAAACCCUUCGUGCCCAAUGUCCACGCCGCCGAGUUCGUGCCGUCCUUCCUGCGGGGCCUACCCCAGCCGCCGCCACCCUCAGCCGGCGCCUCGGCCAACAACCACGGGACCGGCAGCGGCGCGGGAGGCUCUUCGGCACCUGUGGAACCUUCUCAAGAGGAACAGUUGUUGUGUGAAGGUUCAAAUUCAGCUGUUAGCAUGGAACUUUCAGAACCUGUUGUAGAAAAUGGAGAGACAGAAAUGUCCCCAGAAGAAUCAUGGGAGCACAAAGAAGAAAUAAAUGAAGCAGAGCCAGGGGGUGGAGAUGGAAAGCCCUCAGAAGAAAAUGCCCAAGAAAUGAUGGAGGAGGAAGAGGAAAUACCAAAACCUAAGUCUGUGGUUGCACCACCAGGUGCUCCUAAAAAAGAACAUGUAAAUGUGGUAUUCAUUGGGCAUGUAGAUGCUGGCAAGUCAACCAUUGGAGGACAAAUAAUGUAUUUGACUGGAAUGGUUGACAAAAGGACACUUGAGAAAUAUGAAAGAGAAGCUAAAGAGAAAAACAGAGAAACUUGGUACUUGUCUUGGGCCUUAGACACAAAUCAAGAAGAACGAGACAAGGGUAAAACAGUAGAAGUGGGUCGUGCCUAUUUUGAAACAGAAAAGAAGCAUUUCACGAUUCUGGAUGCCCCUGGCCAUAAGAGUUUUGUCCCAAAUAUGAUUGGUGGUGCUUCUCAAGCUGAUUUGGCUGUAUUGGUAAUCUCUGCCAGGAAAGGAGAGUUUGAAACUGGAUUUGAAAAAGGAGGACAGACGAGAGAACAUGCAAUGUUGGCAAAGACAGCAGGUGUAAAACACUUAAUUGUACUCAUUAAUAAGAUGGAUGAUCCAACAGUGAAUUGGAGCAAUGAGAGAUAUGAAGAAUGUAAGGAGAAACUAGUGCCAUUUUUGAAAAAAGUUGGCUUCAAUCCCAAAAAGGAUAUUCACUUUAUGCCCUGCUCAGGACUGACUGGAGCAAAUCUUAAAGAGCAAUCAGAUUUCUGUCCUUGGUACAUUGGAUUACCAUUUAUUCCAUAUCUGGAUAAUUUGCCAAACUUCAAUAGAUCAGUUGAUGGACCAAUCAGGCUGCCAAUUGUGGAUAAAUACAAGGAUAUGGGCACUGUGGUUCUGGGAAAGCUGGAAUCAGGAUCUAUUAGUAAAGGCCAGCAGCUUGUGAUGAUGCCAAACAAGCACAACGUGGAAGUUCUUGGAAUCCUUUCUGAUGAUGUAGAAACUGAUUCUGUGGCACCAGGUGAAAACCUUAAAAUCAGACUGAAAGGAAUUGAAGAAGAGGAGAUUCUUCCAGGAUUUAUACUUUGUGAUCCUAAUAAUCUUUGUCAUUCUGGACGCACAUUUGAUGCCCAGAUAGUGAUUAUAGAGCACAAAUCCAUCAUCUGCCCAGGUUAUAAUGCGGUGCUGCACAUUCAUACCUGUAUUGAGGAAGUUGAAAUAACAGCCUUAAUUUGCUUGGUAGAUAAAAAAUCAGGAGAAAAAAGUAAAACUCGACCCCGUUUUGUGAAACAAGAUCAAGUAUGCAUUGCACGUUUAAGGACAGCAGGAACCAUCUGCCUUGAGACCUUUAAAGACUUCCCUCAGAUGGGUCGAUUUACUUUGAGAGAUGAGGGUAAGACCAUUGCAAUUGGAAAAGUUCUGAAACUGGUUCCAGAGAAAGACUAA